AGCCUUCGCGCUCUCUCCGGACAGUGGUACGAUGGCCCCCGCCCGCCUGCUCGCGCUAGUGUGGCCCCUCGUGGGCGCCCUUGCUGUCGCCGCCGAGUCGAUCCGAGAAACUGAGGUCAUCGACCCUCGAGACCUCCUAGAAGGCCGACACUUUUCCGGAGACUUACCGGACGACGAGGAUGUUGGGGUACCUGAGCAGGAGCCCCAUGACUUUGAGCUGUCUGGCUCUGGAGAUCUGGAUGACUCGGAGGACACCCCGAUCUUCCCGGAAGUGAUCCAUCCCUUGGUGCCUCUAGAUAACCACAUCCCUGAGAAGACAGGGCUUGGGAGCUGGGUCCCCACCGAACCCAAGGAACUGGAGGAGAAUGAGGUCAUCCCCAAGAGGAUGUCACCCUUUGAUGGGGACGAGGAUGUAUCCAACAAGGUGUCCAUGUCCAGCACAGCCCAGGGCAGCAACAUCUUUGAGAGGACAGAGGUUCUGGCAGCUCUGAUUGUGGGCGGUGGCGUGGGCAUCCUCUUUGCCAUUUUCCUGGUCCUGCUGCUGGUGUACCGCAUGAAGAAGAAGGAUGAGGGCAGCUACGACCUGGGCAAGAAACCUAUCUACAAAAAAGCCCCCACCAACGAGUUCUACGCCUGAAGCUUCCUCCCGAGCACCUGCUUGGACUUUACGGGGGAGGGCCGCUGAAGGAUUUUGAAGGGUGGACAUUAGGGGAGGGGGAGGGCAACCCAGUCCUGAUCUAUCAGCAUCUCCAGCUCCGAUUAGGGUUUCAGUGUCAGAAGAGACAUCAUCUGCUACUGUUCCUGCCUGCCUCUUCUUGAUUCUCUGGGCCUCCAUUGUCCCAGCAGAAAAACAGGGUUAAACUUGGCCUUUCUCAAGGCCAAGUCUGGGAUUGGAUCGUUUCUUCAUCUUCCGGUUUAGAAUCGAGGCCCAGCUGAGAGCCUGUACUGAACAGGCCUCAUCCAGAGCCUUUCUAAGCUAUUGUGUGAAUCCUGCUGGAGGUCGGCCCCCACCCCCGGCCUUCUUCCCUCCCUCCCUUCCUUCCACAGCCUGACCCCUCUUCCAGGAGCUGGGAGAAGGAACCAGAACCAUCUAUCUGCACCUGGAGAUGUGUCCCUCAAAGGGCACCUGCAACCACACUAUGGGAGUCUGUGGUACACCCUGGGCCAUUCUAGGCUCUUCCAAGCGACUUUUGGAAAUCAACCUUUUUUAUUUGGGGAGGGUGGGGAAAAGAGCUGAAAGUUCAUUGUGAAAUGGACUUGUAGAAUAUUCAUAAGUCUAUUUUUAGUGGGAUUUUUUUUUUAAUGGUUCAUUCCUUUGUACAGAGCCUCUCUCUACCUGGGCAAGAGUACACAGAAACCGAGGCAUUCUCCUCCCUCUUGCACCUUUCCACAGUACCUGCUAAGUUUGUAUUUAAUGUUUUUUUUGUUUUUGUUACUCGAAAAUGAGAGAAGAGUCGGAGAUAUAAUUUUUAUUAAUUUUUUUUUUUUUUUUUUUUUACUAUUUAUAGCUUCAGACAGGGCCUCUCCUUUCCUCUUGCCUCUCUUUUUCUUUAAAUCCCCUCCCCAUGUUUUUUGUUUUUUUAAUUCUUCAUACUUCCCUGCUCAUGACCUUGGCCCUUUCUAAAGCUGCUUCCUCUAAGAAGCUUUUGCUGAAAUAUAGUUUUCUAGCAGAUCCCAAAACAUAACUUAGGGGAUGGUGGGAUAUUUGUGUCUCUUUUUCAUGUAAUAUAUUAUUCUUCUUCCUUGGUUCUAGCAAAAUAGAUAAAUAUAUUUUUUCAGGAAAUAGCGUGAUAUGAUAUUCCCAUGUGAAGUUGGCUGGGUGGUUGAGUGCGUGAAUUUUUGUGUGGCUGAGUGGAUUUUUGCCUCUUUCUCUGGUCCUGUUCCUCGGUGCCUUCUCCUGAUUGGGCUGGAAACCUUCUCUCUAGCUUUUGCUUUGAGCCUAGCUAGGGUUCCUUCAUUUGCUGUCUCCUAAUUUAAGAGAAAAUUGGAGAGCAGUGCUAUCCAAUAUGGCAGCCACUAACCACAUAGAAAUCAAUUAAAACUGCACGAAGUUAAACGUUCGUUCCUCAGUUAUAGUAACCACAUUUCAAGUGCUCAGCAGCCACAUGUGGCUGGUGGCUGGUGUACCAAACAUGUAGGCAGAGCCCACUGGCAUCUGUUGGACAGCACAGCUUGAGAACUAAACUGGUUUAACAAGUCACAGCCCCAGUUUUGCUGGGAUGACCUUUGUCUCCCUAGGCAAAGGGGGAUGGGGGAGGGCUGAUCAGGCUCUGGCUCUGGGCCCUGUUAUCUGUGACCCUUCCUCUCCAGAGAGGAGAGGCCUAGUGGCUUAGCCAGGGCAGGCCACCUCUCCUGACCCCAUUGGCUGGGGUUGGGGGGGGGGGGGAUUACCCUUGCUUCCCUCGCCUUUAAUCACCAUAACCCCAGGGUCCCAGCUGGCUGGGUCCUCUUCCUCCCCUGGUGUCCUUUUCCUCUGGCCAUGUUGGGAGUGAGCACCUCACACUGUUGUCUGUUACUGAGUUUUUGAUAAAAAGAUAAUAAAACCUCGUACUUUCUA